GCUCCUAGCAGAGAGCACAGGGGUGGGGUGGACGUUGAGAGCCUUGGGAUGAGACGACGGCGGCUAGGUCUGUAGCCUGGGCGGGGCUGGGACGCAGGCGGGACCCGUGGGUACUCGAGCCCCGGGCGUCUAGAUGCCCAGACAGAGGCGACCGCGGGCUCGACUUGGCCUCGACCUCUCUGCACCUUUGUCCCUGUGCACCCUGGCCGUCUGCCCUUCGUCCCUAACCGGCCAUGCCAUCCCCCGCACCUCCCACCGUGCUACUGCCGUGGGAGCGCGCCGUGGUACUGCUGUCGUGCGUGCUGUCAGCGCUGGGCUCGGGCCUCUUGGUGGUCACGCACGCCCUGUGGCCUGACCUGCGUAGCCGGGCGCGGCGCCUGCUACUCUUCCUGUCGCUAGCGGACCUGCUCUCGGCUGCCUCGUACUUCUACGGGGUGCUGCAGGACUUUGCGGGGCCUUCGUGGGACUGCGUGCUGCAGGGCGCGCUCUCUACUUUCGCCAACACCAGCUCCUUCUUCUGGACGGUGGCCAUCGCUCUCUACCUGUACCUCAGCAUCGUCCGAGAUGCGCGCGGGCCCAGCACGGACCAUCUGCUCUGGGCUUUUCAUCUCAUCAGCUGGGGUGUCCCGCUGGCCAUUACAGCGGCCGCUGUCUCUCUGAAGAAGAUAGGCUAUGAUGCCUCCGACGUGUCUGUGGGCUGGUGCUGGGUGAACCUGGAGGCUGAGGACCGUGUCAUGUGGAUGCUCCUGACUGGGAAGCUGUGGGAGAUGCUGGCUUAUGUCUUACUGCCUCUACUGUACCUUCUGGUCAGAAAACACAUCAACAGAGCGCACCAGGCCCUCUCUGAGUACCGGCCCAUCUGUGAGGCGCGCCAGCUGCAGCGAGGCUCCUCCGCCUCCAUGGCUGAUAAGAAACUGAUCCUGAUUCCGCUCAUAUUCAUCUGUCUCCGGGUCUGGAGCACUGUGCGCUUCGUCCUGACCCUCUGCGGCUCCCCAGCUGUCAGGUCUCCUGUGCUGGUUGUUUUGCACGGCAUUGGGAACACUUUCCAGGGAGGGGCCAACUGCAUCAUGUUCGCCCUCUGCACCCGCGCAGUCCGCACAAGGCUCUUGUCUCUCUUCUGCUGCCGCUGCUGUCCUCAGCCCUCUACCCAGAACCCUCUUGGGGCUCCUACUCCCCCCAAGAUGAGAGAAUCUCAGGAAUCCAGACGGACUCCAGAAGUUCCCAGCACCUGAUUGGCGGACUUCUCUCCUUGUUCUCACCGCUGCUGCCUUCCUGGUGCCUGCUGCUGCCACCACCAGGUACAGGGUCGCCCACCGGAAGCCUUGACUAGGGAAGCUCCGCCCCGUGAAGGAACGGCCCGUCAGGGCAGCCUCUUCUACCUCCUAGACUCUCAGGGCUGCUGUGCGUUCCCUGCACUCCCGUGUCCUGGUUCAGUGGGGUUUGUUUGUGUAAGCCCAGAGAUGUGGGAUGCAGGGAAGCCGGCAAUGCAGGAUCCCGUUGGGGCACUGGUUCUCAGUCCUGAAGCCACCAGCACUGUUUACAGUUUGAGGGACCCAUACCUAUGGACCCCUCGGAGAGAUGCACCCCGACCCAGACAUCACAGUAUGGGGUCCAGGUUUGCCACGGUGUUGAGAUUCACAGAGAACCUGGAGAAGUUAGCGCUCAACAGCAGAGCCAUUUCCCUUAAACCAGGUCCCAAGUCCGCUACGAUCACGGAGACGCCGUCAUUGACCCAAACCACCCAGGCACACAGUCAUGGGCAUCUCACAGAUUCUCUGCUUGGCUCAUCAACCCUCAAUAUUUAUUGCAUUUGAAUUUCAGCACAGGCCAGAGUCCAGAGUCCUGCCCAUGAGUCAAUCACACAACACUCAGGUCCUUUCUGGGACCAAGACAGAAGGCAGCUCAGCUCCAGUCCCUAAGGACGACAUACGGUUUCUACCUGCUGUUUUCAUACAACUUUUGUUCUCAGUGAUUAUUACAGGGGUGAGUCAGGAGGGUCUCUGGCUUGGCACCUUGUUUAGUUAGUUUUGGUUUGCUUGUUUGGUUGUUUUGUUUUGUGGUCAGGGGGGUUGGUGAAUGGUCCAAACACUGACUCCAACCCAAAGGGGAGCCUUUGGAGAUUCAGCCUUGGGCUGGGAUAUAGCCCACUGUGCUUCCACGUUGGUCCCUGUACCAAAAAUAUUUAAAAAGCUUUUUUUUCUUGGUAGUUAUUUAUGGGAUAUAGAAAGAGGAUUCUGAGGUGAUUACAUUUUAUUUAAUUUAUUUGAGAUAGGGUCUCAUUAUAUAGCCCUGGCUGGUCUGGAACUUGCUGUGUAGACCAAGCUGGCCUCGAACUCACAGAGAUCCACUUGCCUCUGCCUCCCGAUAAUUACAUUUUUUAAAAAAGGUUUUGUUUGUUUUUUGUUUUGUGCUUCCUGUACUAGGGCCUUGCUCUGCCACUGGGUUCUACCCCAAGCCUUCCUUUUGUUCCUUUUGUUUUGAGCAGAGUCUCACUAAGUUGCCUCGACUGGCCUUGAACUCUCUGUCAGCCAGGCUAGACUUGAACUCGCGUUUUCCCUACCUCAACCUCCCAGAAAGCUAGUACUAAAGCCUCGGGGCAGUGUGCCCAAUCAAAGAAGGGCAUAAGAGAGCUGUGUUUGCGCUUCCACUCAGCGGCUCUUCUAGCAAGCCUUCCCUCACUUCAGAGAGCUAGGUACUCCGCGUCUCA